UGUAGGUACCUACUUAUGUGGUCCAUGUCCGUAGUAAAGUCAACAGCCAUUGAGAUCAAAUUAUUUUUUUCUAAAUUUAAGUUUUAGUCCAGGGUAUUAUAAUCACCACUUCUUAUUUUAGUAACUCAUAUUAUUUUCUAUACUAUGCCAUCAUUUUAGAGUAAGUAGGUACCUAAUAUGCAAAAAUGGGUCGUAUGGGAGGUAUAAAAUGGGAGAAAGCUACCCAAUGUCGCCCGGUUCAUAAUAUUAUAUCAUCUGAUUUUCCAAAAUAUAACCCUCAGCCAUGGAAGUUUAUGGAGGGAAAGCCUCGUGUAGAAUGGUUGCUGUCCUAUGAAUAUCAGAGGAUGUGGGUAGAAGAAAGAGAAGCAUGGAAGAAGCGCAUGUAUCCUGAAAAUACUACGGUGAAUGUAGACGUAGUGAAGCGUUACAUACUUUCUUUCAAAAACGUCACUCCACCACCUAAACCAGAGAAGAAAGCACCAUUCAAAAUGAAGAAAUUUGAUGGUAUUGGAAGCAAAACUGAAACUAAACGUCCAUCUGAUGACAAAGCAAUGGGCUAUGAAAAGAAAAAGGCAGGUGAACAGUAAUAAGGAAGUAUAUAUUUUUUUAAUUACUUAAAUAUUUGUUUUAUAUUUUGUAUCGGUUCUUUGCCAAUAAAAUAAUGUAUCCCAUCA